CAUCCACAAUGUCUACAACACCACCUACUAAACCUACAACAACACCAACUGAACCUACUACUACAACUGAAGUGCCAACUACAACCACAAUGUCCACAACACCACAUACUGUACCUACAACUACAACUGAAGUUCCAACUACAACCACAGAAUCUACAACACCAGUUCCAACCACAACAACAUCGAAAUCUACAACACCAACUGAACCUACUACUACUACUGAAGCGACAACUACAACAACACCAAAGACUACAACAACUCCAAUUGAAUCUACUGCUACAACUGAAUUGCCAACAACAUCCACAAUGUCUACAACACCACCUACUAAACCUACAACAACACCAACUAAACCUACUGCUACAACUGAAGCGACAACUACAACCACAGAAUCUACAACAACACCAGUCACAGUAUCUACGACUCCUUCAACAACUACUCCUGCUCCCUGUAAUACUAAAAUGAAUAGAUGUGAGUGGUCAGAGUGGUAUGAUGUGUAUGACCCAAAAAAUGACAACAGUGACUUGGAAACAUAUGAGAACAUCAGAAAUAGCGGUAAACAGGUAUGUCAAGAUCCGAGCAACAUUGAAUGUGGAUCGACAGUUGACACUAGGAAAAACUUCAAUGACUUUGUGAGUGAAACUGGCCAAGUUGUUACUUGUGAUCUGAAAAAUGGUUUAACAUGUCAACAAAAGGACCAGAUAAGUCCUCCACUGAAGUGCUUUAACUAUAGGAUCAGAGUACAAUGUUGUAAAAUGGUAGAUGAACCAUGUACAACUACUCCCGUCACUACUAAACCUAGUACUACAACUGAAGUUCCAACUACAACCACAGAAUCUACAACACCGGUUCCAACCACAACAACAUCUAAAUCUACAACUCCAACUGAACCUACUACUACAACUGAAGUGACAACUACAAUCACAAGAUCGACAACACCACUAACUAAACCUACUGCUACAACUGAAGCGACAACGAUAACAACACCAAAGACUACAACAACCCCAACGAAUCUACUGCUACAACUGAAGCGCCAACUACAUCCACAAUGUGCUAACUACAACCACAGAAUCUACAACAACACCAGUCACAGUAUCUACGACUCCUUCAACAACUACUCCUGCUCCCUGUAA